AUGCUUAGCAACCUUCUCCCUUUGGCCAUUUUGGCUGUAAGCCUUAGGCCGCUGAUUGUUCCAGUCACUGCACAGGCGAUCCCACCUGUUGCUACUAUGACUGUGUCAAACAUAAACGCUAGCCCUGAUGGAUUCACUCGCCCAGUUGUCGCUGUCAACGGUCAGCAUCCCCCACCUCCCAUUUUAGCCAACAAGGGAGAUGACUUCCAAAUCACGGUCGUUAACAAUCUCGACGAUCCUACGAUGCUUCGCCAAACCAGUGUGCAUUGGCAUGGUAUCUUCGUACACAAGGCAGCUUGGGCGGAUGGCCCCGACGGCGUUACACAAUGCCCAAUUGCACAGUCCGGUGAUUCUUUCACAUACAGCUUUGAUGCUGGAAACGAGGCCGGUACAUUCUGGUAUCACUCUCAUUACGGAACUCAAUACUGCGAUGGUCUGAGAGGACCACUGGUGAUUUACGACGACAACGACCCAUACAAGAACCUGUACGAUGUGGACGAUGAGAGCACCAUCAUCACCCUGGCCGACUGGUACCACCUCCCGACUCCCUCCAUCGCUGGUAUUGCGUUGUCUGACGCGACUCUAAUCAAUGGAAAGGGUCGUCGUCCGGGUGGUCCCCUGACGGACAUCGAGAUCGUCAAUGUCCAGCCUGGUACUAGAUACAGGUUCAGGCUCAUCUCGAUGGCAUGCGAGCCCACCUACAAGUUCUCCAUCGACGGCCACAACAUGACCAUCAUCGAGGCAGAUGGACAGUUGACCGAGCCCCAUACCGUCCAAGAAAUCACAAUCUUCACCGGCCAGCGUUACUCCUUCAUCUUGGAAGCUAAUCAGCCGGUGGGCAACUACUGGAUCAGAGCUAUUCCCAACCUUGGCGCUCGCAAUCUGCCCGACUUCUCUUCCGGUGGAAUCAAUUCGGCCAUUCUCCGCUAUGCUGGAGCACGCCCCAGGAACCCGACCACCCGUGCCCCACGGAACCCAGUCGUGCUGAAGGAGGCCAAUCUCCGUACUCUUUUGAACCCCGGAGCACCCGGUGGAAGCGGACCCGCCGACGAGAACAUUGUCUUCAAUUUGGCCUUGAACGCGGAGGAAACUGGAUUUGUAAUGAACGGAGUCGCUUGGGCUAACCCUGAUAUCCCAGUCAUGGUUCAGCUCAUGAACGGUGUUCCAGCGGAAGACAUCAUCCCCCAGGGCGCCUAUCGCACGCUGCCUAGGAACAGUGUCGUAGAGGUCUCCAUCCCCGGAUUUGAAAUUGCUGGACCUCACCCCUUCCACUUGCACGGGCACGCUUUCGAUGUUGUCAGGAGUGCUGGUAGUGACACCUACAACUACGUGAACCCUGUCCGUCGCGAUGUCGUCGACAUCGGAGGAGCUGGCGACAAUGUCACUAUUCGAUUCCGCACUGAUAACCCAGGCCCAUGGUUCUUCCACUGCCACGUCGAGUUCCAUAUCAUUACCGGACUUGCGAUGGUCUUCCUCGAAGCUCCUGGCGACAUUGCCAGCAACAGCCCUCCUCCCCCUUCUUGGGACGCCCUUUGCCCGAAGUUCAAGAGCCUGCCAGCCAACGCCACCUCCAUCCAGAUUGUUCCGACCCCAACUCCUUGA